AUGAAGGUGAAAGGCAAAGGAAUCACCUCCUUGCUGGUCUCGUUCUCUGUGCUCUGCCUGGCAGCCAGCCCCGGAGGCAAGGCCUGCCCUCGCCGCUGUGCCUGUUACGUGCCUACAGAGGUGCACUGCACGUUUCGGUACCUGACCUCCAUCCCAGACAGCAUCCCACCCAACGUGGAGCGUAUCAAUUUAGGGUACAACAGCUUGGUUAGGUUGACAGAAACGGAUUUUUCUGGCCUGAACAAAUUGGAAUUGCUACUCCUGCACAGUAAUGGCAUCCAUACAAUCCCUGCUAAGACCUUUUCAGAUCUGCAGGCCUUGCAGGUAUUAAAAAUGAGCUAUAACAAAAUUCGAAAACUUCAGAAAGAUACUUUUUAUGGCCUCAGGAGCUUGACACGGUUGCAUAUGGACCACAACAAUAUUGAGUUUAUAAACCCAGAGGUUUUCUAUGGACUCACCUUUCUCCGGCUGGUGCACUUGGAAGGAAAUCAGCUCACUAAGCUCCAUCCAGAUACAUUUGUCUCUUUGCAAUACCUCCAGAUAUUUAAAAUAUCUUUCAUUAAGUACCUAUACUUGUCCGAUAACUUCCUGAGCACCCUCCCUCAACAGAUGAUUUCCUAUAUGCCUGAUUUGGAAAGCCUUUAUCUUCACGGGAACCCAUGGACCUGUGAUUGCCAUUUACAAUGGUUAUCUGACUGGAUACAAGAAAAACCAGAUAUAAUAAAAUGCAAAAAAGACAGAAGUCCCUCCAGUCCUCAGCAAUGUCCACUUUGCAUGAACCCCAGGACCUCUAGAGGCAAGCCCUUAGCUAUGGUCCCAGCUGCAGCUUUCCUGUGUGCCAAGCCAACCAUCGACCCAUCCCUGAAAUUAAAGAACCUGAGUAUUCUGGAAGACAGCAAUCCUGUGUCCAUCUCUCCCCAAGAUUUCAUGGCACCCUUUGGCUCCCUCACUUUGAAUAUGACAGACCAGUUUGGAAAUGAAGCUAACAUGGUCUGCAGUAUCCAAAAGCCCUCAAAGACAUCAUCUGUUGUAUUCGCUGAAGAAAAUGACUAUAUCAUGCUAAAUACAUCGUUUUCAACAUUUCUGGUGUGUCACAUAGAUUACAAUCACAUUCAGCCAGUAUGGCAAGUUCUGGCUUUGUACAGUGAUUCUCCUCUGAUUCUAGAAAGGAGCCACUGGCUCACUGAAACACCACAACACUGCUACAAAUAUAAACAGGUGGCUCCUAAACCUGAAGACAUCUUUACUGACAUAGAGGCUGGUCUCAAAGCAGAUCCCUCUUGGUUAAUGCAAGACCAAAUUUCCUUGCAGCUAAAUAGAACUGCCACCACACUCAGUACAUUGCACAUCCGGUACUCCAGUGAUGUUCAAGUCACUUUACCAAAGGCAGAAAUAAGGCCAGUGAAACACAAAUGGACCAUGAUUUCCAGAGAUAACAAUACUAAGCUGGAACACACCAUUUUGGUUGGUGGGACCAUUGGCCUAGACUGCCAAGGCCAAGGGGACCCCACUCCACAUUUGGAGUGGCUUUUGGCUGAUGGGAGUAAAGUGAGAGCCCCUUAUGUUAGUGAGGAUGGACGAAUCCUAAUAGACAAAAGUGGAAAACUAGAACUCCAGAUGGCUGAUAGUUUUGAUACAGGCAUAUACCACUGCAUAAGCACCAAUCAUGAUGAUGCAGAUAUUCUCACAUAUAGAAUUACGGUGGUGGAGCCCGACAUAGAGACCUAUCAUGAAAAUGGGGCUCAUUAUACAGUUUUCAUUGGUGAAACACUUGACCUUCCAUGCCAUUCUUCUGGUAUUCCAGAUGCCUCUGUUAGCUGGGUUCUUCCAGGAAACACUAUGCUCUAUCAGUCCUCAGGAGACAAGCAAAUUCUUAACAAUGGCACACUAAGAAUAUUACAGGUCACCCAAAAAAACCAGGGUCAUUAUUGUUGUGUAGCAGCCAACCCAUCAGGGGUCGACUUUUUGAUUAACCAAGUUUCAGUCAAAACAAAAGGGCAAAGGCCAGUGGAGCAUAAUGUAGAAACAGAUGGAUCUGGAUUUGAUGAGCCCAAUCCCAUUGCUCAUCUUAAGGACCCACCAGCUGCGCAACUCCCUACAUCUGCCCCAAUGGGAGCUGAGGCUGGAAAAGAAGUCUUCAGCACAGGUAAAAAGCACAACUAUCGUGGGUUAAUACACCGUCGGCGAGGAGAUUCACUAAAUCGACAUUUUAGAGACUAUAGGAGGCCCUUCUCUCCCUCUUCUCGGAGAAUUGACCCACAACACUGGGCAGCACUUUUGGAGAAAGCUAAAAAGAAUACUAUGCAAGAGAAGCAAGAAAAUACAACGGCAAGGCCACUUCCAGUGGUCACCCAAUUCCUGAAAAUACCUGGUAAAGAAGUAGACUCUUCAGGCAUGCUCCCUCCAGAUGAGGAAUUUAUGGUCCUGGCAACUAAGGCUCCUAGUGUUCUGGCAAGGACAUUGACUGCUGAUUCCAGAAAAAUACAUGAUAGUAUUGUGACAAGUCUAACUGCCAGCACUGAAGUCUCUCCAAUUGUGGGCCCACAGAUACUACCACCUGACAAACCAAUAGAUUUCAAACUAUUUCCUACUACUAAAACUACAGCCAUGUCAAAGAAUAUAAACCCAACCAUAUCAAGCAAAAUACAAAGCACAACCAACAAAAAUUUAUCCACGAUCUUUCCUCUACCACCUGAAGCAACACAAUUUCAGGAAGCUGACAACGUUGGGAAGAAAAAAGAGCAUUUACAAAGUGUGCUCCCAAAAGCAGCAGGGGCUGGAACCAAAGAUGUCAAUAUCAAAAUGCUGAGUGGUACUAACAGCAAAGCUGAUAUAUUCUUAGGGUCUGUAAAUGCCACGAAUAGUCAUCAGACAUCUGUAACAGGAGUCAGUGAACCUAGGAACAAUCACUUCUAUCCACAUAUUACUCAAAAGCUUAGCACCUCAAAGCUACCUUCGGGCACAUACACUGCUACUCAUUCUCAGUUACAGAUUCCAAGAAAUAUUACAACUAACAUCCCACCAACAUCCAGGCGCUUUGGAAGACAGAGGAAAAUUUGGGGUAGGGGUCGAAUUAUCAGCCCGUAUAGAACUCCAAUUCUUCGAAAGCAUAGAUAUGGCUUUGUGAGACCUACACUCAGAGGUGCUUCUGAAGAAAGCACCACUGCAUUUUCAGCCACAGAGCUUGAUGUGCUGUGCCCAUCCUGUUCUCCCAGAGAAAGGCUCACCACUACAGCAGCACUGUCCUUUGCAAGUUCUUCCUCCAUCCUGUUCACCAAAGCUGAAACUGCCCAAGUCACAGCAGAAGAGUCUACAACUCUAAUCCACAAUCCAUCUUUUGAGAACAAGCCAAAUGUAGAUACUGAGAGAACAACACCCACAAUAAAAUAUUUCAGGGCUGAAAGUAUCCGAGUGACUCCAACUGGGCCAGUUAUGACUCCUGCCCCAAAAUCCUUAUCUUUGGAAAAAACUCAUAUAACAAAUAAUGGUUACCCAAGUGUGUCUAAUAACAUUGAAAUUAAAAGAGAUUCAAUGAUUAUUUCACCACUCCCAGAUCCCACCACCAAGUCAUCUAUGUCUACUACUACAGCCAUGACAAGAUUUUUAAGAAGGAAAAUUCCCUGGCAUCAGAUCUUUGUAAAUAACCAUGUCCAAAAAGAGAGGUUAAAGAAUCAGCAUCAAUUUAGUUCACCAAAAAGCACAGCCCCAGUGUUUCCUAAAACAUCUCCUGCUUUACCCACAGAUAAAGUUUUUCCUUUCCAUUUCACAGAACUCUCAGCAAAUGUGAUGCAAAUUCCAUCUAUAACAUCAGCUAAAACUCACCAAAAUACCACCGAAACACACAGUCCUUUAAGUCUUCCAACAGUGAAGAAGCUUCCCUUUCCAUCAGUUUAUCCUACACCUCCUAAUGUCUCAAGCAAAGAAUCAAGUACCAAUUUCAUAUCAAUACAGACAGCCAGGCUAACAAUUUCUCCUACUGACCCUGCAUCAGUCAUUAUCAGUAAAACCCAAAUAGCCAGACCCAGAACACAAAAAGUACAAAGAGAAAAGGAGCCUCAGAACAACAGGAAGGAACCACACUACGCUCUCAGUCAGAGCUCUGGUCUCACUGCAUCUACUACUAUGAUACCUCCUGAUCUAACUGCAGCUGAAACUUCAACCAAGCCCAGUGUCUUUGCUUUCACUCAUUCUCCAUUGGAAAACACAAAAGAAAUUUCAAGCACAAUUGGUCUUUAUCCAAGAACACUUACUCUGACAGAUAUAAUUGAAGAACUGUCCCAAGAGAGUACUCAGACUUUGAAGAGCAGAAUUGUUUCUGAAAUCACUUUGCCCAGCAAACCAUACCAGAACGCAACGAGGAACACAAUCCUUAGACACUCAACCAUGCCACAAUUCCUGAGUAGCAGUGCUGUUCCAAUGCCAAUUCCCACCUCCCAUCCCUUGAAUAAUCGAAGUACAGUCACAGACAACAUGGCAACUCCCGUUUUUAGGAUGAUGACAAAUACAAUAGCCAAGCCACUUGAGCACUCUAGGCAUAAUGAUAAUCCACAGCAAUUAGCAACAGAGGUUGCAGCAUCUCCCAAAGUUCACCUAAAUGCCAAGGUCACGAUUGGAACCACCCACUUUAUCUACUCCAAUCUAUUUCAUUCUACUUCCAAGCCAGCACUAGUAACAGUUAAAUCACAAAAUUCUAAACUGACUUCCUUUCCCUGGUCAGAAAACCAUUUCUGGCACAAGUCAGACCCAGAAAUUGCUGAAAAAGGCAAAAAGCCAGUAGUGGAUAUUAUGCCCACUCCAGGCUUGCCAGAGGAUACCACCCAUGCAUCAAAUUGGGAUAUUCAGAAGACUGCAAAGAAAAAUGGCUUUGAUAAGACACCAGUUCAAAAAACAGCAACUUCUGAACUCCUUCCCUUUGAUUCUUUGUUUAGGAAUACAUUUGAAAGACCCAGAAUAGUUGGAGGAAAAGCAGCAAGUUUUACUGUUCCAGCUAACUCAGAUGCUUUUCUCCCUUGUGAGGCUGUUGGAAAUCCCCUGCCUACCAUCCACUGGACCAGAAUGCCAUCAGGAUUUGAUAUGGCUAAAGGGAAACAGAAUAGCAGAUUCCAGGUGCUACCUAAUGGCACCCUGUCCAUACAGAGUGUGGACAUUCAGGACCGCGGACAGUACCUGUGCUCAGCAUCCAAUCCGCUUGGUACUGAUCGCCUUCAUGUCACCUUGUCCGUGGUUUCCUAUCCCCCCAGGAUCCUGGAUAGACGUACCAAAGAGAUCACAGUUCAUUCCGGAAACAGCGUGGAACUGAAGUGCAGAGCUGAAGGUAGACCAAGUCCUACAAUCUCCUGGAUUCUCGCAAACCAAACAGUGGUCUCAGAAUCAUCUAAGGGGAACAGGCAGGCCCUGGUGACAUCUGAUGGAACGUUGGUCAUCCACAAUCUCAGCAUUUAUGACCGGGGCUUUUACAAGUGCAUGGCCAGCAAUUCAGCUGGCCAGGAUUCACUGCUGGUCAAAAUACAAGUCAUUGCAGCCCCACCUGUUAUUCUGGAGCAAAAGAGGCAAAUCAUUGUAGGGACUUGGGGUGAAAGUUUGAAAUUGCCCUGUACUGUCAAAGGGACUCCUCAGCCCAGUGUUCACUGGGUCCUCUCUGAUGGCACUGAAGUGAAACCACUGCAGUUUACAAGUUCCAAGUUGUUAUUAUUUUCAAAUGGGACUCUGUAUAUAAGAAAUGUAGCCUCUUCAGACAGGGGCACUUAUGAAUGCAUCGCUACCAGCACCACUGGCUCUGAGAGAAGAGUGGUAAUUCUUACAGUGGAAGAGCGAGAAACCAUGCCCAGGAUAGAAUUUGCAUCCCAGAAGUGGACUGAGGUGAAUUUUGGGGACAAAUUACUACUGAACUGCUCAGCCAUUGGGGAGCCCAAACCCAGAAUAAUCUGGAGGCUACCAUCCAAAGCUGUUGUCGACCAGUGGCACAGAAUGGGCAGCCGCAUCCACGUCUAUCCAAAUGGAUCCUUGUUUAUUGGCUCAAUAACAGAAAAAGAUGGCGGUGACUACUUGUGUGUGGCCAGAAACAAAAUGGGAGAUGAUCUGAUACUGAUGCAUGUGAGCCUACGACUGAAACCCGCUAAAAUUUAUCACAAGCAACAUUUUAAAAAGCAGGUAUUUCAUGGGAAAGAUUUCCAAGUUGAUUGUGAGGCUUCUGGCUCACCAGUGCCUGAGAUAUCUUGGAGUUUGCCUGAUGGAACGAUGAUAAACAAUGCAAUGCAAGCCGAUGACAGUGGCCUCAGGACCAGGAGGUAUACCCUUUUUGACAACGGAACCUUAUACUUCAACAAAGUUGGGAUAGCAGAGGAAGGAGAUUAUACUUGCUAUGCCCAGAACACUCUAGGGAAGGAUGAAAUGAAGGUCCACCUAACGGUCAUAACAGCUGCCCCACGGAUCAGGCAGGGUUACAAGACUAACAUGCGAAUCAAGGCUGGAGACACGGUGGUCCUUGACUGUGAGGUCGUUGGUGAACCCAAACCAAAAGUAUUUUGGUUGCUGCCUUCCCAUGAUAUGAUUUCAUUCUCUAAGGACCGAUACACAUUUCAUGCCAACGCGUCUCUGUCCAUCAACAAAGUGAAGCUACUCGAUUCUGGAGAGUAUGUGUGUGUGGCCCGAAAUCCCAGUGGGGAUGACACCAAAAUGUACAAACUAGAUGUCGUCUCCAAACCUCCAUUAAUCAAUGGUCUGUAUACAAACAAAACAGUUAUUAAAGCCACAGCUGUGAGGCAUUCCAAAAAACACUUUGACUGCAGAGCCGAAGGAACACCAUUGCCUCAGAUCAUGUGGAUCAUGCCGGACAAUAUUUUCCUCACAGCCCCAUACUAUGGAAGCAGAAUCACAGUCCAUAAAAAUGGAACCUUGGAAAUUAGGAAUGUGAGGCUUUCAGAUUCAGCAGAUUUUAUCUGUGUGGCUCGGAAUGAAGGAGGAGAGAGCAUGCUGGUGGUACAGUUAGAAGUAUUAGAAAUGCUAAGAAGACCAACAUUCAGAAAUCCAUAUAACGAAAAAAUAGUUGCCCAGCUUGGCAAGUCCACAGCAUUGAAUUGCUCUGUGGAUGGUAACCCACCACCUGAAAUAAUCUGGAUUUUACCAAAUGGCACAAGAUUUCCCAAUGAACCUCGAAUUUCUCAGUAUCUGAUAGCAAGCAAUGGCUCUUUUAUCAUUUCUAAAACAACUCGAGAUGAUGCAGGAAAAUAUCGGUGUGCAGCAAGAAAUCAAGUUGGCUAUAUUGAAAAAUUAAUUGUAUUAGAAAUUGGCCAGAAGCCAGUCAUUCUUACUUAUGCACUGGGAACAGUUUACUGUUUCAGUGGAGACUCUCUAUCCCUGCAAUGUGUGUCUGAUGGAAGCCCUAAGCCAACUAUCAAGUGGACUACACCAAGCGGUUAUAUAAUAGAUGGGCCUCAAAUUAAUGGAAAAUUCAUAUUGCAUGAAAAUGGCACCUUAGUCAUCAAAGACGCAACAGCUUACGACAGAGGAAACUAUAUUUGUAAGGCUCAAAAUAGUGUUGGCCAUGCCCUGAUUACUGUUCCAGUAAUGGUUGUAGCCUACGCACCCCGAAUUACAAAUCGCCCACCCAGGAGCAUUCUCACAAGGACAGGAGCUGCCCUUCAGCUCCUGUGUGUGGCCCUGGGAGUCCCCAAGCCAGAAAUCACAUGGGAGAUGCCUGACCACUCCUUGCUCUCAAUGGCAAAUAAAGGGAGGACUCAUGGAAUUGAGCCUUUUCACCCCCGAGGUACCCUCAUCAUUCAGAAUCCCCAAACCUCAGAUUCUGGGAUAUACAAAUGCACAGCAAGGAAUCCACUGGGUAGUGAUUAUGCAACAACUUAUAUUCAGGUAAUCUGAAAUGAAAUAAAAUUGAACAGAGUCAACACCUGGACAGAGUUUAUUUUUUGGAAGAAGUUUAAUCAAAGGCAGCCAUAGGCAUGUAAAUGAAUUUGAGUACAUUUACAAUAUUAAAUUCAUAAUGGACAUGCAAAAAAAAAAAAAA